AUGAACAUCACUACUCUUGAUGCAUUCGAAGGCAAUGUUUCGAAAUCGGCGUUAGACGAUGCCGUGAAGGCGUGUAAUCAAUCUCUUGGUAACGGUUGGCCGUGCGCUUCUUGCACCACCAGUCUCUCGAGCCUCGAACCUUCGAAUUUGAACGGCCGAUCAAUUGGAAACCUCUCCGAUUGCAUGGCAUACCCUUCGAUUUACGCCGCGGUGUUUAUCAAUCGUUUCGGCCCAACCAAUGAAGAUACUGAUUUUUCUGAUUUGAGCAAUUCGAAUGGUAGAGUUAGAACCAUUGUGAUUUGUGUAGUUGUGAUAGAUUGUGGGGAAGCAACAAAGAAUUUCUCUAGGUUGAACAUAAUUGGGAGAGGUGGGUAUGGGAAUGUAUACAAAGGGGUAUUGUCGGAUGACUCUAAAGUUGCGUUAAAGCGGUUCAAGAAUUGCUCGGUGGGAGGCGAUGCGGUUUUCGCCGACGAGGUUGAGGUCAUUGCGAGCGUUCGACACAUGAAUCUCAUGGGUUUGAGAGGGUAUUGUACUGUUACUACUCCUCUAGAAGGCCACCAGAGGAUAAUUGUGUGUGAUUUGAUGAGGAAUGGUAGUCUUCAUGACCACCUAUUUGGAUUUGAGGAGACAUUUUUGAAGAUUUAUGAGAGA